AUGGCUGUCGCCUACCUGCUGGGAAACGGCUCCGCGCCGCUCCUCGCCGGCGCCCUGGAGGUCCCGUUCGCCGCCAAUGCCUCCGCCUGCCGCCCGCCCUGCCCGGCCUGGGGCAACGCCUCGGCGGCGCUGGGCUGGAACCGCUCCGAGCCCUGCGGCGGCGGCAAUGGCAGCGCGGGCGGCGGCGGGCCCUGCGCGCCCGCGGGCGGCGGCCCCUCCGUGGUCACCGCCAUCGCCAUCAUGGCCCUCUACUCCGUGGUCUGCGUCGUGGGGCUCUUCGGCAACUUCUUGGUCAUGUAUGUCAUCGUCAGGUACACGAAAAUGAAGACUGCCACCAACAUCUAUAUUUUCAAUCUUGCAUUGGCAGAUGCCCUAGCAACAAGUACUCUGCCAUUCCAGAGCGUGAAUUACUUGAUGGGAACCUGGCCCUUUGGUACCAUCCUCUGUAAGAUUGUUAUAUCCAUAGACUACUACAAUAUGUUCACCAGUAUCUUCACUCUCUGCACCAUGAGUGUGGAUCGCUACGUGGCUGUUUGCCACCCAGUUAAGGCCCUUGAUUUCCGCACCCCCCGAAAUGCCAAAAUUGUCAAUGUCUGCAACUGGAUUCUUUCCUCUGCCAUUGGCCUGCCAGUUAUGUUCAUGGCAACUACUAAAUACAGGCAUGGCUCAAUUGACUGCACCCUUACAUUCUCCCACCCUGCUUGGUACUGGGAGAACCUCCUGAAAAUCUGUGUGUUCAUCUUUGCCUUCAUCAUGCCGGUGCUGAUCAUUACGGUGUGUUACGGGCUGAUGAUUUUACGCCUGAAGAGCGUCCGCAUGUUAUCCGGCUCCAAAGAGAAGGACAGGAACCUGAGGAGAAUCACCCGGAUGGUUCUUGUGGUGGUGGCAGUGUUCAUUGUCUGCUGGACUCCCAUCCACAUUUAUGUUAUCAUUAAAGCCCUGGUCAACAUCCCAGAAACUACUUUCCAGACUGUCUCCUGGCACUUCUGUAUUGCUCUAGGGUAUACAAAUAGCUGCCUUAAUCCGGUCCUUUAUGCAUUUCUAGAUGAGAAUUUCAAAAGGUGUUUCAGAGAGUUCUGCAUCCCCACUUCCUCAACCAUUGAGCAGCAAAACUCCACCCGAGUCCGACAAAACACUCGUGACCAUGCUUCCACUGCCAACACUGUGGAUAGGACUAACCACCAGUUGGAACUUCAAGAAGCUGAAACUACUCCAGUGCCGUGACAGGGUCUCCCGCUGCAUGGCUCUCAGAGCAGUGGCCACUGCCACGGUGGGCUAGUGGGAACAUGUAGGAUUUGCUUUCCCUCAAAAACAAAAUACCACAGAGGAAAGUGCCUGCUUUUCCAGUCUGUCAAAAAUUGCUUCUGCAGCACAUCUGCAUUGCACUUAACAGAAGCAUGAAAUGUAACAGCGAGCAGAGCCAGAAGAUACAGGGGCCUUUCCAGGCUCCAGUGUUCAAAGCAUUCCUGUUUACCAGGAGCACAUACAUUAGUCUAAAACAAAGCUACUGUGCCUGUAGCAACCUGACAUGCUCUUGGUAAGUUACAGUGGUGUUAAAACAGGUUGGAAACAAAAAUUCAAACGCUAGACAACUGUAGUUUGAAAAAUAAGGUGAGCUUUUGAGGAUGGAAAAUAAUGGGAUAUGAAGUUGUAAUACUGUUGGGUACACUCUAUUUACUCUUAAAAUUUAUUUAUAGAGGUGUUUUCUGUGCAGGUUGUUUACGUGCUGAAGUCUCAUGAGGUCAUGUAGAACAACACAUUUUUAGUUCAAGAGGUCUUCUCUUGCAAGGGUUGCAUGUUUUGCAGUUUCAAAGGAAAAUUUUUUUUCAGUGAUCCCUUAAAAAAAAAAAAACAAAGAA